UGUGUGUGUGUGUGGCUGGAUAGUAACAAAAGCAGGAUGGUCCAUUAGCUACAGUAGCUGAGUUUCCUUGACCUUUAAAAUGUUUGCCUAAUGUCCUGACAAGGAUGGGACUGUCUGAGUGGGCACAUUUGGCUGGUCCCCACAGGAUUCUGUUUGUUUUUUUUAAAUGUACAAAAACUACAGCUUAUUAUUUAAGAACCUAAAAGAGCCCAAAGGUUUCCUUUAGGUUACUCAGGUUAAGGUUAGGUUUGGGUUGUAGGCAUACCAUUAAGCAGAUGGAUUAAUAAUGGUCAAUGGAAGGAAGGUCUUCACAUGGAUAGGAAUACAAACCUGUGUGUGUGUGUGUAGCCGGAUAGUAACAAAAGCAGGAUGGUCCAUUACAGUAGGUGACUUUCCUUGACCUUUAAAAUGUGCGUCCUCCUUUUAAAUUUGGAAAGACUGGAACAUUCUUAAAGGCCAGUGUGUGUGUGUGUGAGUGAGUGAGUGAGUGAGUGAGUGAGAGAGAGAGAGAGAGAGAGAGAGAGAGGAGGAACGCCUGUUCGUGCAACCCACAAUUAAACCCCGCUAAAGUGUUCUGCGUGGGUUUCAUCCGUCAUGAUGUGAAAAAGUACGGAGGGAUCCCUCGCCUACAUCACACACACACACACACACACACACACACACACACACACUCCUCCACCUCCGCCAGGAAUCCGCAGUGCUGUAAGUGUUGCGUGUUCAGCACCGCUCCUCGCCCCCGCACGCGCGCGCGCGCACACACACACACACACACAUACACACAUCUAGCGUACACAGCUCAGGUUUAGAGUUAGACUUUAUUGUGCCAUUCAGACAUCAUCCCCACAUCCAAAACUGCAUAUUACUUCACUAACCAUACUACACUCUUAAAACAAUAGUCUACACCACCACUGAAAUCUAUUCUUGGCGUAUAUUUUUUUAUAUAAUACUGUAGAAUGCGGUUUUGAACGCAGCCCACGUGUCUAAAUUGGUACACAGAAGGGUGGGAUGGAUCAUGUGCACGAUAUACUAUUGUACAAUAGCCUACAGUGGCUGUGUCAUCAUCCCAAAAUAAGUCAAAUUAUUUGGCAAAUACAUAUUCGCUUGACAUGAAAUAUCGGUGUGAAUUUUAUUCGUUUACAAAGUGAUGCUGAGAAAUGUGUUCAUCCUACAAAUCAUCUGUUAUGGAUAAAAACCUGCACAGUUUGCACACCCAUGAAUGGAAAGGGAUCACCUUAUAGGACAUCCACUGACUCAUCCAAAUCACCCAUCACCAUUGCCUCACACCUCUGAGGUUGAGGGUUCGAUUCCUGCCUCUGCCUUAUGUGCGUGGAGUUUGUAUGUUCUCCCCGUGCUUCAGGGUUUCCUCCAGGUAUUCUGGUUUCCUUCCCCAGUCCAAAGACAUGCAUUGUAGGUUGAUUGGCAUUUCCAAAUUUAAAUGUGUGUGUGUGUGUGACUGUACCCUGUGAUGGGUUGGCAUCCCAUCCAGGGCCUUGUGGCACUCCGUCCUAGUCCCCUGGGAUAUAGGCUCCAGGUUCCCUGCAACCCUGUGUAGGAUAAGUGGUACAGAAAAUGGAUGAAUCUCAGCACUGACACUGACAUGGUAAUCUGUGGUGCUGGUACGAAUGUAGCCUAUUAGGUUCAACAGUGUUCACUGGGUCCUGAAAUUGGUGGUGCAUCUCUAUUAUCAGAGUAGAGUGUCAACUCCAGUACACUACAGUGUUCCUAGUACAGAGUCUGGAUCACAACUACAGUGUUGUAGGGGAUAGACUCCAAGAUCACUGAGCUCAGGAUGAAGCACUGACUGAAGAUGAAUGUGUCUAUAUGUGUUUUAUUUUAUAUAUCAGAUUUAAUCUCAGGUACGCUAGGCUUAGAUGAUAAAGAAUAAGUUCUUAUAUUUAAAAAAAAUAAUAAUAAUAAUUAGCCCAUCCAUCCAUCUAUCUAUCAAUCCAUCCAUCCAUCCAUCCGCCGGAGCCUUAGAGCGAUUCCGCAUGAAUGGUUUUCUUCCCGGUGGUGGGCGGAGCUUUGGGCGGAGCUUCGGACGAAUAGAGAGCAUCCCUCAGUGACGACAUCAGCAGUCUCGCGCCGGCUCUCCUCCGCGCGUGGGCACACAGUGAGAGAGAGAGAGAGAGAGAGAGAGAAUUCCGUAUAAAACAGAGCGGCCGGUACUCUCUCUGGCUCAGCGUCUCUGUGUCACACUGCAGUGCUGAUCUGCUCUCUCACAGCUGAAGUUUUCUCUGUCACGCUGUCGUUUGUCUCGUAGUGGGAAAUAAAUUCCUGUCCAUGGUUGUGACUGGAACCUCUAAAAUGUCCCGAGCCGACGAGGUGCACCGCAUAACGGAGAAUGUCUACAAGUCCAUCAUGGAGCAGUUUAACCCCUGCUUGAGGAACUUUGUAGCUAUGGGAAAGACGUACGAGAAGGCUCUUUCUAGUGUGACAUUUGCAGCAAAAGGCUACUUCGACGCCCUGGUCCGGAUGGGUGAACUGGCCAGCGAGAGUCACGGCUCUAAGGACCUUGGGGAUGUACUCUUUCAGAUGGCUGAAGUCCACAGACAGAUUCAGAUGCAGUUGGAAGACAUGCUGAAAUCCUUCCACAAUGAGCUCCUGACAGAACUGGAGAAGAAGGUCGAGCUGGAUGCACGCUACUUAAAUGCCGCUUUGAAAAAAUACCAGAUGGAGCACCGGAGCAAAGGAGAAAGUCUGGAGAAGUGCCAGGCGGAGCUGAAGAAACUGCGACGGAAAAGCCAGCAAGGCAGCAAGAGCGCAUCCAAGUAUAGAGAUAAUGAGAUGCAGUAUGUGGAGACCAUCAGUAGCAGGCAGAGUGAGCUGGACAGCCACAUCGCAGAGGGCUACAUAAAUGCCCUGACAGAGGAGAGGAGAAGGUACUGCUUCCUGGUGGACCGCCAAUGUGCCAUAGCCAAGAGCACCAGCACUUACCACACAAAGGGUAAAGACCUGCUGAUGCAGAAGAUCCCGAUGUGGCAGCAGGCAUGUUCUGACCCCCAUAAACUCCCAGACCGAGCUGUUCACCUUGCACAGCAGAUGAGCUCAGGGGGAACACUGGGUACAGGACAACAGCAUGCCUCUAAAUCUAAUUUGGUGAUCUCAGAUCCCAUACCAGGAGCCAAACCUUUACCUGUUUCACCUGAACUGGCUGCUCUCAUGGGCAACCAACAGAGGAUGAUGGGAAUGGAAAGUGUUCCAAUGUUGAAUGGAACAUCUGGGGCACAUGGAGAGGACUACCAGCACUGGAUGGAUAGCCAAGCUGCACAGGCCAAAUCGGCUUCAACACAGGUCCACCGGCAAAGCGGUGAGAUCUACUCUAACACACUGCCUGUCCGCAAAGUGGCACCAACCAAGAGCAAGAGCACUGUGGCAGAGACACAGACACUGCCUAGGUCGAGCUCAGUUGCGGCUGGCCUGGAGAGGAAUGGGCGGACCCGUGUCCAGGCAAUCUUUUCACACUCAGCCGGAGACAACAAUACACUGCUCAGCUUCAUUGAAGGCGACAUUAUCACACUGCUGGUGCCCGAGGCCCGGGACGGGUGGCACUAUGGAGAGAGUGAGAAGACGAGGAUGCGAGGAUGGUUCCCCUUCUCCUACACCAGAGUGAUCCCCGAGACAGACGGCAGCCGACUCGGCGUCAGUUUUCAGCAUGGUAGGAGCUGCAGCACAGGGAAUCUUCUUGAGAGAGAACCGAUGGUUCUGCCGUCUCCAGAUUACGGCCCUACCACUAGGCUAAUGGCACAGAACGCCUCACUGGGCAGACAUCAGAGAACAUACAGCGUUGCAACGCCAGGAUUCUCGCAGCAAGGGCUUGACGGCUACGAGGCCCGUUUCCCAACAAGUUCGGAGAUCAAAUUGAUUUCGACAGUGUGAAAGGACAGACACACAGACACCAACCGUCCUUCUCCCCUCACUCCCUCACUCGGUUGUUUCCCUCACUCGUCCAUCCGCCUUUUCACCCACCAAAGAAGAGGAGAAACGCCCACCUUCCCUUUCCCUCUUAUUACACCACUCGUUAGCUCUUAUAAAUCUCCACGGAACAGUUCUCACAACGCUUCAGUUUUGAGGACUACGGGUCUGUUGUUAAUGAGCUCACUGAAAUGGACUCAGAAAAACAGUGAAUAUGUAACUCUUGCUUUUCUUUCAUGCAUAUUGAAAGUGCAUAUUCUUUGGGUUGCAGAAAUGGGUCUAAAAUCUGUGGCUGCAGAUGAGGCUGCAGUAGUGAAUGGCUGCUUGAUGCUUUACAUUUUUACAUUUUAAGUGAAGGAAAAGCUCUUUUACUUUGUCAGACAAAUGAGCUUUCUUACACAAGUGAUGUAAUCCUCACAGUCAGCCAAAGUCUGUUCUUUUUUCUUUUUUUUUAUUGCACUUAACAUUUAAGAUGUUCUGUAGAAGACAGCUCGUUCUUCAUUUGUGCUCCUUGAAAUCCCUGAAGAAUAAAUGACCGAAAUUGUCUUUACAGCUAUGUCUGUAUCCAUAUGGCUGUUUCUCAAACAACAAGUAGAAUGUCCGAGAGUCUGAAUCUGACAGCAUCUAAAUGAUAUCAGUCCCAAAAUCCCAUUACAAACACAUCACAGAAAUAAAAGUACAGAUCUAUCUGUGUAGCUGUCUAGCUUCAAACAUCCAACCAAGAUUAAACAGCUCCAUCACUAUCCAGGCCUGAAUGAAAACACGGAUGUUUUUGUUAAAAGCUACAUGCCACCAUGUUGAUUUUCCAAAUCAGAACCAUAAUUUCUUGGGAAGCUGUGUCUCUUGUACAUAUUUAAAUUACAUUUGUAGAUACAAUAAGAUGGCAGGUUGGUGGCACAUAGGUAGUGUUGCUUCCUCAUAGCUCCAAGGUCCCUGGUUUGAUCCUGAGCUUGGGUUAUUGUCUUUCCACUCUAUGUGAGUUCUCCAGUUUCCUCAAAUGUCCCAAAAGCAUGCUAGCAGGUGGACUUGCAACUCUAAAUUGCACAGAGAUAUGACUGGGUGUGUAUAUGGUGCCCUGCAAUGGACUGGUGAGAGAGAGGCUCUGGAUCCACCAUGGUUACACCAAGUGGUAUCUGAAGAUGAAUAAGCGAUCCGAUUUUUGUGCUCAAGGUGCUCACUGGUGCUCACGGUCUGUUAAGUUUGUUUUCUGUUAAUGCCAAGAUGUAUUUGUCCUUCUGUGCUGAAAAUAAUCUGUACUGAAUACAAAUAAUCGCAUUUACUGAGCUAAUUAAAAGUAAGUCAAAUGAUAGGUAGAACGUGAUGUUCUUCUGUUCAUUUGAUGCUGUGACAAGAAUCCAGUCAAAUUUAGCUUUCUAAUAGGUGCUCUAGCCUUCUCUCAGCUCACGUGAGGUUGUGUUGUAAUGAAAAACAUUCUUCUUUCCCACCACUCACUGUCUGAAUAAUGGAUGAAAAAUUAUGUGACGUGUUUUGUUUUCUGUUCUACUGAGUAGCCAAGUAAUGAGCUAUGCAUCUCAAAGCACUGUUCUGAUCAUUAGCACUGUGUGCAUCUUCAAAGUCCUGCCCUCGUUCCCUCGUCACUCGCAGCUGUUUCCCAGAUCCCCCACACACACUUACUGCAUUUGCUGUUUGAAGGCGUAAUUUAAUGCUUGAAACAUCUCAUGAUUAUACAUGCCUCCCAGUGGAAAAUGAUGUAAAGUGUUGCACAUUAGAAAAGUAUGUAGCUGGCUGCAUCUGUCUCUCUCCUCUCAUUGUCCUCUCAUGUCUCAAUUUGUCUUUCAGUGUGUGUGUGACAAAUCUGAACUCUUCAUUUCCUUUUUUGCCAACCCUGUCCAUCUCUUUUUUGAUAAAUUUAGACACAAAAGCAGUAAGGGGUCAACGACUGGAAGCUGCCAGUGCUUCUUCUUUCUGCAUUAGAAUAAAGCCGAGGCAUGACUGCCACGUUCUUCUCAGUCCUGGUGCCCAAAUGGAAACACUCGAUCUACUCAGUCUGUCUUUGUGCUUUGGAAUGCUAA